UUUCUUGAAGCACAACUAAGAACAAAAAGUUACCACUAGGCACAAAAGUCACUGGCACAAAAGUCACUGGCACAAAAGUCACUGAUUCAUGGGAUUAUGGAGAUGAUCUCUCUGAUGUUGAAAAUGUCUCCAGUUUUUUGACAACAGGAAAUAACCAUGGGGUCCAGCGGCCUUGGGAAAGCAGCAACAUUAGAUGAACUGCUGAGCACCUGCAUUGAGAUGUUUGAUGACAAUGGAGAGCUGAAUAAUAGCUAUUUGCCAAGAAUAGUUCUACUGAUGCACCGAUGGUAUUUAUCUUCCACCGAAUUGGCAGGAAAACUUCUCUGCAUGUAUCGAAAUGCCAGUGGAGAAAGCUGUGAUGAGUUUCGAUUAAAGAUCUGCUACUUCAUGAGGUACUGGAUUCUGACGUUUCCUGCGGAGUUUAACUUGGAUCUGGGUUUGAUUCGUAUGACUGAGGAGUUCCGGGAAGUGGCUAGUCAACUAGGCUAUGAAAAACACGUCAGCCUCAUCGACAUAUCCAGCAUUCCUUCCUAUGACUGGAUGAGAAGAGUUACACAGAGGAAAAAAGUAUCCAAAAAGGGAAAGGCCUGUCUGCUGUUUGACCAUCUGGAGCCCAUUGAGUUGGCUGAACACCUCACUUUUCUGGAGCAUAAAUCUUUUAGAAGGAUCGCAUUUACUGAUUAUCAAAGCUAUGUCAUCCAUGGCUGCCUGGAGAACAACCCAACCCUGGAGAGAUCUAUUGGUUUAUUUAAUGGAAUCUCUAAGUGGGUCCAGUUGAUGGUUCUUAGCAAACCAACACCCCAGCAAAGGGCAGAGGUCAUCAUAAAGUUUAUCAAUGUUGCAAAGAAACUCCUUCAGCUCAAGAAUUUUAAUACACUGAUGGCCGUGGUGGGAGGCCUCAGUCACAGCUCCAUUUCACGCCUCAAAGAGACCCAUUCUCAUCUUUCCUCAGAGGUUACGAAGAACUGGAAUGAAAUGACCGAGUUGGUCUCCUCCAAUGGCAAUUACUGCAAUUACCGCAAGGCCUUUGCUGACUGUGAUGGCUUCAAAAUCCCUAUCCUUGGAGUCCACUUGAAAGACUUGAUAGCAGUCCAUGUCAUUUUCCCAGACUGGAUGGAAGAAAACAAAGUAAACAUUGUGAAAAUGCACCAGCUUUCCGUGACCCUAAGUGAACUGGUCUCAUUGCAGAAUGCCUCUCACCACUUAGAACCUAACAUGGAUUUGAUCAACCUACUUACUCUCUCUCUGGACCUCUAUCACACAGAAGAUGAUAUUUACAAACUGUCGCUGGUGCUGGAGCCUAGGAAUUCUAAAUCGCAGCCUACCUCCCCGACGACGCCCACCAAGCCUGUGGUGCCCCUGGAGUGGGCAUCAGGGGUAGUGCCAAAGCCAGACCCCACAGUCAUCAACAAGCAUAUACGGAAACUGGUGGAGUCUGUGUUUAGAAACUACGAUCAUGACCAUGACGGAUACAUCUCCCAAGAGGACUUUGAAAGUAUAGCCGCCAACUUUCCCUUCCUGGAUUCCUUCUGUGUGCUGGAUAAAGAUCAGGAUGGCCUAAUUAGUAAAGAUGAAAUGAUGGCUUACUUCCUGAGAGCUAAAUCCCAACUACACUGUAAAAUGGGACCAGGAUUUGUCCAUAACUUUCAGGAGAUGACUUACCUCAAGCCAACCUUCUGCGAACACUGUGCAGGAUUUCUCUGGGGCAUCAUCAAGCAAGGAUACAAAUGCAAAGACUGUGGAGCCAAUUGUCACAAGCAGUGCAAGGACCUUCUGGUCUUGGCCUGCAGGCGACUUGCUCGGGCACCCUCCUUGGGCAGUAGUCAUGGAUCACUGCCAGGAAGCCCCUCACUGCCCCCAGUGCAGGAUGAGGUGUUUGAGUUUCCAGGGGUCACUGCUGGACACCGGGAUCUGGACAGCAGAGCAAUCACACUGGUCACCGGCUCCUCUCGUAAGAUCUCUGUGAGACUUCAGCGGGCUACCACCAGCCAGGCCACCCAGACCGAACCUGUGUGGUCAGAAGCCAGCUGGGGGGAUUCUGGGUCCCACACGUUUCCCAAAAUGAAAUCCAAGUUCCAUGACAAAGCCGCCAAGGACAAAGGCUUUGCCAAGUGGGAAAAUGAGAAGCCAAGAGUACAAGCCGGUGUGGAUGUGGUAGAUCGGGGCACCGAGUUUGAACCUGAUGAAGAUGAUGGUCAGGGGGAAACCAGAUAGGAUGGUGAGGAUGGCUGACUCCAGGCUGAGAAAUUAGAAGCCAAUCACGCUGGCUUUGGAAAGAGCAAGAUGAGACACUCUGAUGAGCACUUGAGUCUCAGGAAAUUGUCUGGACAAUAUUUGGCUGUUUACUGCCUCGUGAUAUCAUGGGAGCGCCACAUCUGGACUAUGGGACAGAGGAUUUACCCAAGCUAUGAACUAUUUAUUUCCUCCUCCCCUGCCCCAAAGACUGUUAUGUAGUCGGGCGUUUCUCACUUCUCUUUCUCUAGAGUCACUUACAUACGGGUGGAACGAAAGCUUUUGUGCAUGUCCUUGAUACCCAUUCUCUAAACUCAGAUUGUUUGUGAGAAUAUUAUUUUAAGGUGUGUGUGUGUGUGUGUGUGUGUGUGUGUGUGUGUGUGUGUGUGUGUGUAGAAUUGUUUAAUAAGUUGACUUAGCUCUUUUGUGUGUGUGCUUUUGUCAAUGGACUUACUGUUUUCCUGGGGACAAGGAUACGCUUCCCAUCCUGGAAUACAAAGGUUCUUCUAAUUAUGGAGAAUACAACUCACACCUGCAUACAUCACCUAUGCCUUACCAACUGUGCUUCACCAAGGGCUAUGACCAGCCUUGAAAGUGUUUCAAAUAUUUAGAAUAGCCAUGAGGGAAAUUAUCCCUAUCUUGUCCUAUCUGAGUUCACCAUCUUUCUUCAGACCCUGAAACUGGAAUAGCAAUUAAGAAAUGAUUCAAGUUUAGUAUGUGGGUGCAUUCCUGUAUCUAAGAAUUUAGGAGCUGGGAAGGUGGCUCAGUGGUAGAGUACUUGCCUUGCAUGCAUG